UCAAAGACCAUCAAGAAAAGAAAGGUGAUAACGUUGGAGAGAUAGAAGAGGAUCUAGUUGACGUUCUUCUCAGGAUUCAAAAGGAUGAUGGUAUUGAGAUUCCCUUAUCUCUUGACAACGUCAAAGCUGUCCUUCAGGAUGUUUUCAUUGCUGGAACUGACACAACAGCAACCACAACAGAGUGGGCAAUGUCAGAAUUGCUCAGAAACCAAGAGGCUAUGAAAGAGGCACAAGCAGAGGUAAGAAGAGUCUAUGGAAGCAAGGGGUACGUAGAUGAAUCUAAACUUCAUGAGUUGAAAUAUUUAGGUGCUGUCAUCAAAGAAACUCUAAGGCUACACCCACCUGUACCCUUGUUAGUUCCAAGAGAAAACAGUGAAAACUGUGUUAUCAAUGGAUACCAAAUACCCUCCAAGACAAAGAUUAUGAUUAAUGCGUGGGCUAUUGGAAGAGAUCCUAAGAAUUGGAAUGAACCAGAGAGAUUUGAGCCAAAGAGGUUUCUUAGUACAUCGGCUGAUUACAGCUUCAAAGGUUUGAACUUUAACUAUAUCCCAUUUGGUGCUGGAAGAAGGAUGUGUCCUGGAAUCACAUUUGCUACACCCGUUUUAGAACUGUUACUCUCUAAUUUACUUUACCAUUUUGAUUGGAAACUUUCUGAAGGGAUGAAGCUUGAGAAUUUGGACAUGAACGAGUCUUUUGGUGCCGUGGUUAAAAGGAAAACCGAUCUGAAUGUAGUUCCUUUUUGCUAUUCCCCUUACUAUUAGGGUUUCAUGUAUAUAUUUACCACUUGGAAUAUGUUCUGGCCAGUGUUGGAUAUAUGUCCUUGAAUCUAUAUAACGGAAGCAAAAAAAUUGCAAUAAA